AUGGAGACGUGCUACGCUGGAGAGAUUUCUAUGUACACAGAGAGAGAAAACAGAAUCCAGGUGGCAACUCUUGAGAAGACUCAGCUCAUUGCAAAGGAUUUUUCUGAGCUGCGCAUCCACUUCUGGCCCGACGAGAGAGCACUGAAGAAGGUUGUGAAAGGAAACGAGCAGAGAAUGACAGAGAGAGCAAAGAAAAGAAGGAAGAAGAAGCAUUUGAGCCGAUAG